UGAAUUGGUCAGUCGCUCCAAGGUGCUCACUUAGAGAAAGAUGCCCGAGGCACGCGAGCGCCAUCGCGACACGCAGCGGCGGUACCGCGAGAAGAAGCAGCGAUCGCAGCUCGAGCUCGUUACUGCAGUCGCGCACUUGACCGAGGACACGCGGCGGCUCGAGGCUCUUCGGGCGCGGCUCCUUCCGGCCCAAGUGCGGUCCUAUGACGCCGCGAUGAGCACCGCGCGCGAGUUCAUUCGCGUCUUUGAGGUCGGCGUGCAGCCGCCACCCGGCCGCACGAACCAGUUUGCCUUUUUCCAUAGCGUCACCGCACCCGACUUUGCCUUUAUGGACGACGCGGACGGCGCCGCCGUCUUCUUUCGGCAGUGGGCGGUCUACGAGCAAACGUUCGCGUCGAGUCGCGUCGUCGCGUUGCACGCCGGCGUCAUCCGCCUCGAGACGGACGAUGACGUGAUCGUGCGCGCACCCACCACGAUGCACCUGCGCCUCUCGCGGGUCUCCAUGACGACGAUUUACCCCAGCUUGAGCGACGACGAUGCGACCCUCGAUCGGCUCGUCGGGCGCGACUUGGUCGUGCCCAUGCUCUGCGUCUUUUACGUCAACAAGGCCACGUCCCGCAUUCAACGCUUCUCGAUCGAAGCGGACGUCGCGGCCGCUGCACUGCAGCUGCUCGAAAACAACGUGCAAGCUGCUGCACGCGCCCUCGAACACUCGCGGCUGCAGACAACGGCCAAGAUCGCUGUCGACCCGACCAAUUAA